CUCCACCAUCCAUCAUUUCCCACUCGCUCUCCAUCACCCGUGACUGAUGGAUGAGCAGGGGCAUGGAGGAUUCGGGCAGCACAAUGCUGGGCAUUUUGCCCGGCCUUCAUCGUCGUCAUCAUCAACAACACCACUCGCCUCUCGCGGCGCCCGGGGAGGAUCCGGAGGAUUCCGUGGAGCAGCAAGAGGUGCAGCUUCUGCGCCGGACGGGACAUCAUCAUCGACAAGAGGAUUCAGAGGCAGGGGAGCGCCGAGGGCAAGGCCAUUCGCCAACAAGAGCGUCACAUUCAAUGCCUCUCCUGCCAGCGACUCAGCAGCAUCAGCAUCACAAGAGCAAUCGAUACCCACAGAGACUGCAUUUCGCGUCGAAGGCGAUGGUCAGCGGGCAUCCUCGUCUGCCUUCGGCUCGCCCGUAGGCUCCAUGUCUCCCUUCGCACCAUCCUCCUUCACACCAUUUGGUGCACCUUCACAAUCAUCCGAGCCGGCUCAGUCUCAAGAACAGCCACGGCCGGCGGCGCCAAAGCUGGCCCCGCCGACAGCCGCAGGUCCCCCCUCCGGCUCGACCACGCCUGCACACCACCUCAGCAGCGAUGAAGGUUCCUCCUCAACAGACGAAGAGGAGAGAAGGAAGCGUUUUGCAACUACGCCCAAGAACAAUCGUUUCCUCGAGAUGAAGAAGCAGCGCCCAGCUCUGCGCGAGAAAUACAUCCAGCAGGGCAUUCUCCCCGACCCUCUGAAGCCUCAGCAGCUCUCCGACGCUGCCAACUUCAGAGGGAGUUGCAUGGAUAUGUGCCCCGAGUUCGAGCGAGAAGAAAGAGAAUUUCAGGGCGAGGGUGAUGAGCUAGAGGUAUACCCCGGUUCUACCAAGCUCGACCCAGCCAUCGCUGUCAAAAUCUACCGUCGCCCAGCUGCGGGCAGAGAAUUACCACUGCCAGAAGACGUACGACCGCCGGAGGUGCUUGAAAAGACUCUCGACUACCUCCUGUACAAGGUCGUCCCCCCUCAACCCGAUUCGGACCGCCUUGCGAAUGUGCAAGGAUUCGUCUGGAACCGUACACGCGCCAUCCGCCAAGACUUCAUCGUGCAGGGUGAAGCAAGCCCGCUCACCAUCCAAUGCCACGAACGUAUUGCUCGCUGGCACAUUCUCAGCCUGCAUUGGAGGGGUGGCUCGGUCGAUGGGCAAGGACAACUACGCGACUCAUGGCCGGCAGACCGAGAUCCAUGGAGCCAACAGCAAGAGUUGGAGCAGCUCGCAAAGACGCUGACCAGCUUGUGCGAGUUCUACGACGAUCUUCGUCUCACCUCAGGCCAAGAGGCACCAUCACCGCACGAAGCCGAGUUCCGGGCGUACCACCUCAUCCUGAAUAUCUUCGAUCCAGAAGUCCUACGCGUCGUAGAGCUGCUUCCCGAGGCGGUAUUCGAUGCUCCCAUUCUGCAGUCUGCAAUCAAAUUUCGAGCCUACGCACAGCGCUCCAACCGUGGUGGAUCGGGCAGGGCCAACCAGCUGAACACGGAUGCGCCUAUGAACCUCUUCUCGCGCUUCUUUGCAGAGAUCAAAUUAGAGCAGGUGCCCUACUUGUUGGCUUGCAUGCUCGAAAAUCAAUUUGGGCCGGUCAGGGAGGGGGCGCUGAAGGCUUUGAGCUCCAACUACAACAAGGCACAUCGUGGCCCGACGCUCACUUUCGUUCAAAGAGCGCUAGGUGCAGACUCGCCGGAGGAAGUGGCCAAGUGGGCUGAGAUAUGCGAUAUUGAGGUGCUGCCUGCCGCGCCUGGAGAGGGCGGUGGGGCGGCGCUGAAGCUGCACAAGCAGAAGAUCAUCGACUUCGCAAAGGUCGACCUGGGGUCAUUCUCCCUCACGCUCGUCGAGGCGAAGAGGGGGAGAAGGACCUGCCAGCAGAUUGUUGAUGGGGAUCAGGCAGCGGCGAUGACCUCGACGAGCUCGUUCGCUCCUUCUCAGCCGGCGCAGACCGCAGCCAGGUCGACACUCGGAUCCACCGGGAGUGCGGCCUUCGACAGCUUCGAUUCAAUCGCCACUGCAAAGCUCUCGCCCUUUGCUCCCUCUUUCCGACCUAAGGAGCCUGCUGCUCAGCCCGCAUUCGCUCGAGAGCCGUCAGCGAAAACAGCAGCUUUCAGCUUACCUGCGACGAGUGCCGCGCCCUCCUCAGCUGCUUUUGACGCGCCAGCGCCAGCGCCAGCGACUGGAGGGUUCAGCUUCUCCAGACCAUCGACCUCAGCUACACCCGCAGCCGGGACGUCGGCAGGAGGGCCUAGCGCCUUCGCCUCAAGCUCAGCAUGGACGUCCGCACCUCAGCAGUCGCAGCCGAAGGCCCUCUCACAACCUACCCACGGCGCCAAGCCGUCAACUCCAUCUUCUGACGGCGCAGCACAUUCGUCUUUCAUGGACGUCAAGCCGCCCGCGCCCGUACCACGCGCGCCCGCAGCAAAAUGCCCGCCGCGUCCUCCACCUGUCUCGACGAGUGAAGCCAGCUCAGCCCUGCAGCAACGCUUGAUUGACGAGGUCGUCUCUCAGCAGUCGCGCAUGAUUGCCGAGCAGGCCCUCGCAGCAGAGGUCAAGCGCCGCCGCACCUUUGCGAGAAAUGAAGCCCUCGAUACCCUGGCGCAGCGCCUCCUCACAAGAUUAGUCGGCGAAGGCGGCGACGAGAGUCGGGAGGAGUCUACCCCAGCGAAGCUCGCGGCAGACCUAGCCCGUGAGGCCUUUUCGCAAGAGUGGAGUCGGAGAUCGACUUUACGUUCCAGACUGGACCGGUGGGUCGCGCGCUGGGAGAUGAAGCGCGAGGAGCAGCGACAGAGGGAGCGAUUCGAGUACGUGAGGCAACGCGUGAGAGAAAGAGGCUUGAUUGCGUCUUCGUCCGAGAAGGAAGCAGGGAGCAGUAGUUGGGGGAAGAGGGGAGGAAUGCGCUCUGUCAUGGGUGCAGCGGACGCCAGCAUGAGCAUCGACUCCACCAACAGCACAUACUCUUCAUCGGCUGCAUCCAACUCGCUGCGACGGUCAUUGAUUACUUCUCUUCCCAUCACUCGGGCAGGCUCGAAGCGCCCGCUCGAUGAGGACGACGAGGAUGUCACGAUGUCCGACGUGCAGCAGGAUGCGCAGCUGCGCGCGUCUUUCCGCCGUUUCACUUCGCAACGUCAUCAUCUCUGGGCGGAGGGCACUUUCUUCCUUUCCAUCGCCACGCACAUUGCCGAUCUCGCGGCGCGAUGGCGUCCUGCAGCGAUGGCGGAUUGGAGCUUCACGCUCGUCUCAUCUUCUUCGGAUGGGGAGGAGAGCGGGGCAGAGCAGUGGCUCAAACACAAGUUUGGGUUCGUGGAUGGAACGAGGGAGAAAGAGUUGCCCGUGGGAAAGGAGCUGAGCGUUAGGGGCGAGAUGCUUGAGCUAGAUCAUGACGAUGAGGAAGAGGGUGAGGACGAUGUGAUGGCAAAUCGCUGCAGUCCUUCGACCGGGCUGGUCAUCUACCCACUUCCCCCUGCCUUAGCGAACAGGAAGGCUCUCUCAACAGAUGGGAUGGACCAGGCAUGGGAUCUAGAAGCUCAUCGGCUCCAGCGCCUAUCCUCCAGCGCCUCUAAUGGACCCCUGACAGGCAAUCACUUCGCCCCUUACCUCCUGGUCGUCGACUGGGGAGCCGCUGCCGACAGGCGCAAGACGCUCUCCCGGCUGGGCCUCACGAAGACCACGGAGCCCUGGAAGGCAAUCGAGGUCGUCUCUCUCGGCGGACUCACGCAGGCGGGCCAAGACGACAUCGACUCCGUCUUCGCGCGCAGCGUCGUGCGAUUCGUCAGGGACUUCCCGCUUCUUCGCUAUCCGCUGGGCACGGCUGUCGGCGCGGGGCAGACGGUCACGACGCUCGACGAGCUGGUGGCGACCAUUCAGCGGCCGUGGGACGAGGCGCUCGUGGGAGUGCAGGCUUUGCUUGCUCGCUUGCCUGCCCAGCACGCGUCGACGAAGGCCAUUCGAGGAGGCCUUGUGCGUGCAGCGAUCGAAGCCGUUACGACUCUGCUGGCCAUGGCCAAUCACGGAAUCACUGCGCUCCUCAAUAACGCCGAGACGCUCAUUGAGGAGGAGGAUGAGUCCACAUCCGGCGCUCUCAUGCUUCCAAGACUCGACGUGGAGAGCUUCCUAGCUCGCCUUCCUCGAGGAAACACGGUGAAUGAAGCCCUGGCUCGAUUGGGUCGCGAGCUUGUCAAAGACUUGCUUGACCGGGAUGAUCACGUAGGGCACGAGGCAGACGAGGAUGGCGAUGAGACGAUGCGCAGCCAGGCAGGCCCCUCAGGUGGGCUACUCAUGGCCCAAGCGCUCCUCUCUCAACCCUCCUCCUCCUCCUUUCCCCUCACCACCUUCCUUUCUUCUCUCGCCGCUUCAAGGCUGGACUUGCUCGCUAAUCACUUCUUCCUCUGCGUGCGAGAAGACGACGAUGAGGAUGAAGGGCGUAGUAGCAAAGCUCGCGUCGAGAUUGAGGCGCAGCGUAUGGCCGAUUGGGGGAAGCGGGCAGUGCAGCUAUUGGAUGGAAGGAUGAGGGAGGCGCUUGCGGAGGCUGCGGCUCAGGAGAGCAGAGAUCGUCCUGCUACAUCGGAUGCGAAGCAGGUAAAGAAACUCAAGCCGGAGUCGCCUCGACGAGAGGAGCGAAGGGAGGGGCGAAGGGAUGACUUUGCGCCCAGCGGCGAUGUUGCGAAGCUGCGACAUUUGAUCGCCAGCGCCAACUCACUCCUGUCUCCGGGCUCGCCAUCAGCUUCAGCAGCUGAGGUGUGACGAAGGCCCGCAGUCGCUCAAUGUAAAUCAAUCUCAUGUCAUUCACCG